UCCUUGCUUUGUUCUAUCUAUCUUGGUGUUUAUAGCAAAGGGCAGAGCCAACAGCAUAUGUCUUAAAGUGGAAGUUGGGAAUAAUUCUGUCAGAAAUGAACUAUCCAUCUGAACUCAGCUGCCAGUCCAUGUCUAACAGUCUUAGCACCAAGAACUAAGAUACUUCAUAACAAUCACUACCAUUCCUUGCAGAGGAGGUGAAAUCAUCUGGACUCAUCUGCUUUUCGGAACCUUUAAUGGUACCUGAAAGGUGGCUUUCACUACUGAUAACAGAUGGCAGACUUCUUAGUAGCCCUGGAAUUUUUGAAGGGGGUGCCUUUGCCCAGCAGUCUCUUGAUCUUCACCCAUGUUCUACUCUUUCUUCAACCCGGAAAGGCGAUCUCAGUGAUAGGCCCUGGGGAAUCCAUGAUGGCCGGCAUUGGGGAAGAGGUGGAGUUCCCGUGCCACUUGUCACAGUACCUGGAUGUGGAGCACAUGGAGAUUCUUUGGUUCCGGGGCCAGGCCUCAGAUGUGGUACAUCUGUACCAGAAUGGGCAGGAGCUCUUUGGAAGGCAGAUGGUGCAGUUCCAGAACAGGACCAAACUCCUCACAGAUGAGAUUACCACUGGCAGUGUGAUCCUGCAGCUCCAGGGUGUGGCACCCUCUGAUGAGGGUCCUUAUGGAUGUCGUUUCCUCUCCAGCAACUUCUCUGGUGAAGCCAUCUGGGAGCUGGAGGUGGCAGGGCUGGGCUCAGACCCUCAUAUCUCCCUUGAGGGCUACAAGGAAGGAGGCAUUCAGCUGAGAUGUAGCUCCACUGGGUGGUAUCCAAAGCCCAAGGCUCAGUGGAGGGACCAGCAGGGACGGUGCCUGCCUCCAGAGUCUGAAGUCAUCAUCCAGGAUGUGCGGGGUCUGUUCCACCUGGAGACAUCUGUGGUUGUCCGAGGGAGAGCCCACAGCAACGUGUCCUGCUGCAUCCAGAAUCCCCUACUGCUUCAGAAGAAAGAGUUUGUGAUCCAGAUAGCAGAUGCAUUCUUGCCCGGAGCUUUCCCCUGGAGGAGCGCGUUCCUGGGGACCCUGGCGAUCGUCUCGCUGCUGCUGGUCUUCCUGGUGGCGCUGGCCCGGGCCUGCGCUCAAAAGCAGCUGCGGCGCCGAGGGAAACUGACCUCGCAGCUGGAGAAGCUUCAGAUGGAGUUAGACUGGAGAAGGGCUGAAGGCCAAGCAGGAGUCAAGCGAGAGUGCAGUGCUACUUCUCUACACAGCGAGCCAGUUUUCCCACAGCCAUUGAAUACACCAUGACUUCCUUAUUGACUGCCACCAGGACAGAGGAGAAAAAGUUCCCUGAGCAGAGCUGCUGAGCACAGCUGCAGAGACACAGGGAUAAGAGGGAGCCAGAGCUUGCAAAAGGAAAUGAACAAGCAAUUGCCCUCCACAGCUGCACCUAUAAAAUACAGAUGUCUCCAAGACUCUCAACUUCUUGACCUAGACUAAAAAUUUCCCACUCAUGCCUGCCAUGCCCCUCCCCUAUCUAAAUACCCUUGUAAAACCUUCCCCAUUCCUGUCCCUUGGGGCCGAUAGUCUUAUCACACUUGGCCCACCUGCACCCAGGCUCGAAUAAACUUUGCUUAUUGUUUCAACUUUGCCUGA